AUGACGGUCCCGAUCUCCUCCGUCAUCGCCUUCUGGUCGGUCCCCUUCAGGUUGCCGCACCUCUUUACUCUGUUGAGGACUAGCGACAACCUGUGCCUGGCAUCCGACGAGAAGGCGGCCACCGAAAUCGGAUCACUUUUGGGAGCGUUCUUCCCUUUAGAGACCUCCUGCGGACGGACGAACACGACGUCGUCAUCCGACGCAUCCGCCCGUCGGGACUCCGCCGACGUCGAUGGCCCCUUUCCGGCCCGGUCCGCAUGGAAGCGGAGCGACACUCCCGCCGGAGUCGGUGGGCAGGGUAUCUUAGAUGGGCGAAUACCUCCGCCCCCCGCCCCAGGGGGCUCGAUCCGCCUUCAUGUGGCCGCUUGGAAACGGCCGCCUUCACUAGCCCGUCCUCGCUGGACACAAGGCAACCCGACAGCUCGUCCUCCACCAACAUCGAACGCGUCGAGCGGGUCGAGCGCGUCGACGAGGCCGAUGAAGGACGAGAAGCGCGCGACCUGGCCCGCGAGGCGGGCCGCGACCUCGCCGGUCGAUCCUCCAUGUCGGGGUCCGCCUCGGUCACUGAGUCCAUGGACCAGAACUCAGCGUUCCAAGGGGACGAACUCUCCUCAUAACCCCUCCGGGGAACGGGAAGAGGAAGGGCGCGUACCUAUCUAA